GCACCGACUACGCUUAGAAUUUAUUUUGCAGCCGCACUUCGCGCUUUCACUGUGAAUUGCUUUUAGCUUUGUGUGUUAUCGGUGAUUAUACAAACUUGUACUGUCAGAAAAUCUGUGAUUAUGGGUGGAUUAUUCAGUUCUGAUGCAAAACAGCCUCAUGUUGAUAAUAAUGCAAGGUCGGUGUUUCAAUCAAUUCACACUGAAAUAUCUGCAAGCAGCAAUGACACAGGCCGAAGAUAUGAAUCAGCAUCAGUAAUAAGACCUAGCACAAUUUCAUAUACUUACGAAAAGCCAAUUCCUCAAAUAACAUAUGAAACAUUGUGCAAUGAAUUCAAUAGUUUUUCAAUUCGCCCAUCAUAUAUUAAAAAAGUACAAUUAAACGAAGCCUUUAUCAAAAGCUUAAGUGAUAAUGUUGGCAUAACUGACUGGGGAAUAUGCGAAAACAACUUCAACUGGAGACUGAGAGGGACUGCUCUGGGUCAUAGAUUCGGACAAGGUGUCUCCUUUACGAACAUAUCAAACUAUGCAACGCAUUAUGGUGAUUUGAAACAUCCGAGAAAAGCGAUGAUAUUGGCCCAGGUCCUUGUUAGGCAUACAUGUAUUGGUUACGGAGGAAUGGUGAUUCCCGAUGAACCCUUUGACACUGCAACCAAUGACAAAGGACAGGUAUUCGUUAAGUUUGAAGAUAACGAAUUUUAUCCAAGCUACGUGAUAUACAGGGUGGCCCAUAAGUCCUUUGAGCUGGAAAAAAAGGAAUAAAACCAAACUAGUUACAUUAUGAAGAAUUAUUAUAUUUUAUUAUCAUCUUUAUUGAAUGGGAAUUAUGUUUUAAAAAUCACAUCAUCUAAAUGCAAUCCAUUACGAUCACGGCACUUAUAUAAACGACGUCUAAAAUUCUCGAUGACUGCGCGGCAAGUCAACACUGUAAUGCUUGCCAUUUCUCUUCGGAUAUUUUCUUUCAGGACAUCAACUGAUCGCGGAGUGGUGUCGUACACUUUACUCUUGAGGUAGCCCCAUAAAAAGAAGUCCAUUGGGGUCAAAUCUGGACUACGUGGUGGCCAGGAAAUGUCUCCUCUUCGAGAAAUUACUUUGCUGGGAAAAAGUUGACAGACACGGGCAUAGAGGUGUUGGAGGUGUGGGCAGUUGCUCCGUCCUGUUGAAACCAGGUCUGCGUAUUAUAGCCUGGAAAAUUCUGCAACGCUGGUGUCAAAAACUCUUCUAUCAUUGCUACAUACCGCUCCGAAGUAACAGUUAAUGCGCGACCUCUGUCGUCCUCAAAAAAAUAAGGGCCUACGAUGCCAUGCGCUGACAUAGCAGCCCAAACUGUAACUUUAGGGCUGUGUAAGGGCUUCUGAUGCUUACGCCUUGGAUUUUCGGGGCUCCAAUAACGGCAAUUUUGUUUAUUUACAUGCCCGUUUAAAUGGAAGUGAGCCUCGUCCGAGAACAGCGAAGAAAAUCGAUUCAACAUUUGAUUCGCAAAGUUUAGUCUCUGAAUAGCGUCAUUAUCUUUUAAUUCCUGCACUAACUGAAUUUUGUAAGCGUGCAGACGUAAAUCUUUCCUUAAAAUCCGCUGUAAAGAUGUUCUGGGUACGUUUAGUGCACUGGAACGCUUACGAGUAGACUGGGUAGGAUUUUGACGAACAGACUGUGCCACAAUGUUGAUGUUUUCUUCAAUACGAGUUGUCCUUGGUCGACCCCACCGCUGUUUAUCUAACGUCGAACCAGUCUCUUCGAACUUAGCAACCCAGUUCUUAAUCGUUUGAGCUGUUGGACACUUUGUAAAAUUGUGUAAAUUGUGGUAUUCUCGAUAUUUACGCCGCGCAAUGGUUGCCGAAUCAUUAUUUUGAUAAAAUGCGCGCACACAAAAAGCACGAUCAGCUCCAGUGAAACACUCCAUGGCGACUGAAUUCCCAGACACUGAAGAUACUGCCCACACCUCGCCCGCGCCGCUCACGCUCACCCGUAAAAUUUUAUUCAAAUUUGAAAUUUCAAAGGACUUAUGGACCACCCUGUAUUACAGUGGAUUUGAUAUGAUACGGAAACGAUAACUACCUUAUUACACUAGUUUGUAAAUUCAAUAAGUACUUUAUAAUCCAGUCAUAUUGGGGGUUCACCUCGGAAUGAGAGAUAAUAAGCUGUAAACUCAUAGAAACUUUUAUUUUGUCAUUAUAAAAGUGGUUUGAAAGAUCUUAGAAGGCAGAAGUUCUAGCUUCUUAUGGGUUUAAUCUUAUUUGCAUUUAUUAAGAAUAUGGUGGAGAAUAAGAUUUAUUUAUUUAUUUUCAGAACAAUGCAAGAUCAACCGUUAGUCGUUAAAAAAUAGAUAGUUAUGCAUAAUUAGCAUUUUUUUGUCAAUUACUGUAUUACAUUUAUAUACGACAUAUAGAUUUUGCACAAAUAAGAUGUAUAAUACAUAUAUGUACACCAGUCUAAAGAUAAUCGAGAUAUUAGGCUCCGCAAAAUCAAUCAAACUCAAAGCAAACUUAAUCCGAUUAUGUAUCAUGAUCAGAUAAAAAGAGAGAAGCCACGUUCGUUAGGACUCAACUCAGACGCCGGCAGCGUAGGUAAACAAAACAUUUAUUUACCAAUAGGUUCGAAAAAACAAAAUGAAACACCCUUACAACAUUAUAGAACUUGUCGACGUAUUUUAAUUUAUGGUGAGCGUCUUCAAAUGCUAUUUUCCCAAAUCGGCUGGACGGUUUACGAUACCUAGACUUUCUACGUAACAUUUUACCAACGGCAGCAACUUCGAAAAGUACUUAUAAGUAACAGAGCCGUGCUUAAAAUUUAUCCGCAAAUGAACGGUGAAUACUUUUUCAUUUAUUUUUUUUUUUACUUUGUAGCUAAUAUUCCACCACACAUUAGCUCUGUUAUUUCAAGUGUAGUUGUUUCUGAAAAGGCAAGAUCCUAUUGCAGGACACCCUGUAUAAAAUCUAUUAUAAAAAUUCGCAGAACCCAAAUGAAGAAUUGUGCCACCAACAAACUCAUAUGUUAUACAGACCCCAUAGUGGUACAUAUUUACGGUAUAGCUUUGCAAAAAAUCGAGGGACUACUGGGGGAUUCUGUAUCUUCUCAAAACUGAAAAAAAUUGUAGAACCCAAACAAAUUGUUUGAACAAAAAAGUUAUAUCCUGUAGAGGUCCAGUAGUAUUACAUAUCUACCACAUAAUCCUCUGAUUUUUUUGAAGAGCUAUACCCCAUAUAAAUAUGUACUUCUAUGGUGUCUCUACAACAUAUAUGACUUUGUUGGUGACAUAACUCUUCGUUUGAAUUCUGGGAAUGUUUUUCGAUUUUGGGUAGUCAACCCUUUUAGGCACAGAAUCACACUGUAGUCGCCUGAAUAACGCUUGACCUUGCAUUAUGCUGUAAAUAGCUAAUCGCUGCGCGCUCUUCGCCCUCUUUCUCAAAAACGGUUAAUUCCAUGGAAAAAUGUUUGACGUUGUAGAGAAUAAUAACAUUCUCUACACGAGAGAGAGAUUUUAUGAGACUUCCGCGACAACUUUUAGAAUAUCAAAAUAAAGGUUUCUACAGCUUUACAUCUUAUUACCUCUCAUUCGGAGGUUGACCCUUUUUUAAGGUUUAUAUAAUUGGACUAUUAUUAUAUUGUAAUAAGAAGACUGAAAAUGAAAAAUUGUAGUUGUAGAAUUACUUCCAGUGUGUUGAUAAGAGCUGAUAUGAUUGUCACUUAAUGGGAUCUUGGAAACGGUAAAAAAAUGGCGUCAAUCAGAUUAACUCUGUACUCCCCACGUAAUUCUGUCAUCCAUUAGAUUAUGUUCGGUUUAUCCUUUCCCUAGACGUUUUCGUUUGUUGUAUAUUUAUGUGUAAACAUUACGUGAUAUGGAUAUAUAUAUAACUGUGUGUGUGGAUAUGUAUGUAUAUACGAGUAUAUUCUGGUUUCCUAAUAUCUAUUAAUCAUAUUCAUAGUUUCUUUUCUCUCUACUUCUCUUUUUGUGUUUUUUUUUCACUUUAUGGUACCACAGACUGUAAAUUAAACCACUGUACUAUGUAUUGCUCUCGAAAUGGUACCAGUACUGUUGGGCAAUAAAUGCUUUAUUAUUAUUAUCCUCAAACAACUCAAUCUCAUAUGAAAUAUGAUUACAAAAACAUCGAACAAAGCUAUUGCAUGUAAGAUAUACAGUCAGUCUAAUCGGUAUAGAUUUCUACAGAAUGAAUAUACUAUUCAUAUCCUCUUGAUACAUAUUUGUAUAUGUAAGGUGAAAAAAUGUAAUACGAAACAAUAACGAUCAAUAAAAACCUAACAAUACAUAUGAAUGAGUGAAUGAAUAACUAUGAAUUCCAUCUUUAUGUACUCAAGAGCAAGUUCGUACGUUCCAAUACUCCUAUUGAAUUUUUUAACAAUAAUUUCUUAACUUCUUUUUUAAAUGAAAUAUAAUUACUACUUUGUUAAAUGUUAACUGGUAAUUUGUUGAAUAAUAUGACGCAGUUGUAAUUUGGAUGAUAUUUGAAAUAAGUGAUAGUAUGUUUCUCAACUAUUUUCAAAUUUUGAUUUCCUGUGUGGUACUCGUGAUAAACAUUGCUAUUUGAAAAUGAACUAUUAUAAUUCUUUGCGCAUUUCAAAAUGUAAGUGCAAAACACAUUAAUAAUUUCCCUUGAGUUAAAAAUUUCUUUGCAGCAGUAGUUUCUCUGCAAGUGGCUUCAUUCCAAAAAUUAUUCUGAUGAUUCUUUUUUGGGCGACAAAUAAUCUCUCAAUUUCACACGAUUUACCCAUACCAUAAUGUUGUAAGACAUGUGGCUACAGGCCAGUGCAUAACACAUGUACACUAGGACUUUUUCGUUUAGAAAAUAUUGUCCCUAGAGUAUAGCAGAAUGCGCUUUACUUAAAUUUUUACAAACAUGAUUAAUAUGUUCCUGAAAAUUUAGUCUGCUAUCAAAAUAUGUGCCGUAUAACUUACAAGAGUCAGAUAAAGUAAGGUUAUAUAUAUCCAGUUUUAUAUUAAUUAUGCCAUACAAACAUAAUUAUAUGCCCUUUAGACAUAUGACUGGACAAAAUCACUUUCAUAUGAGUUGGAUAGCAGUGGUCCCAAUACAUAUCCCUAAGGGACACUAACAGGAUACAUAUGCGAUACUGUACUUCCGAAGUUCACUUAGUUUUCUGUCCACCAUUUAGGAGCACAGCCGAUUCAAAAAGAAACCUCUUACACCCACAAUAUAAAUUUUUACCUCCAUAUAUUUUCAUCUAGAUUGUUAAAAGCGUCAGACAGAUCGAAAAGCAAAGACAUUACAUAUACGAAAUUAUCAAAUUUGUUCUAGUAAGUGACAACUAACAGUUUCAACAUAUCUUUCGGCUCUAAACCCUUGUUCAGAUGUAUUUAGGAUAUCAGAUUAUUCAGCAAAAUUAUGUUUAAAUAUGUUACUUAAUACCUUUUUUUAUUAAUACUAGAAAUUUUAUAGCGCAUAACUAUAAAAUAAGGUUGUGGUGGCAAUAUAGACGGAAAAGGAAAUAAAUAACCGAUACUUCACUGACAUGCAUAUUCCCUAUUCAUGGAAGUAUGCAAGAGCGCGUAACAGCUGCGUUAUGGAUCCGCUUGGGCAAUGCGAAAUUUCUCUUAGGGAAGUUAAAGUACGCGCAUAGUACCGUUAGUCAAUACGUUUACUCAUUUCGUACGCCAUUGUGACAACCGACAAAAAGAGUGAAAUGGACUAUAGGCGCCUAGUUCUUUCGAAAUGAAUUUUUAGUUGCACCAUUACAAUAUUCAUAAAUAUCGGAGAGCUUUCUCGAAACCCCUUUUUGAGCAACAAAUGCGGCCCAGCAUUCACUCAUCCUAAGGGGAGGAAGAAGUCCUAAAAAUUGCAAUGCGUCUCAAUAAAAAAAGGUAAAUAUGUAUUGUAGAUUAUACGGAUGUGUGACUUUACCGGAAUUACACCGACCUCGUAUCGUUACCGUUUCCGAGAUACUAUUUAUGACAAGUGGCUGCCUAGUACCUAAUCACGAUUUGUGUAUUAUGUCAACAUGAAGUGUAAUUUCUGAUACAGUGAAUUAUCGCGCACUAUCAUAAAAUAUCAUUUAGUUAUAGUUGAAUAGUCUGGUUUUAUAUGUAUUUUCCGUUCCUGUUAUUAUAGCAAAAAUCCAUUACUCUAUCAAUGUAUCCCAUAAAUAUAUUAAAUGUAACUUGUGUAGUAUAUUACUCAUACCAAUAUCAAUAAAUAUGAUGAAAAUUCCAGCCUUCAUUUGGAUCCAAUUAUGCAUAUAUUUCAACUAGAUACACCUAUCGUGACUUAGUUGCUUAUUUAUACAUAAUUCACAUUAACAAAAUAAGAUUCCACAAAGCAUAUAAUAUGACUCCAUUGUCUGGCCGCUAAAUCAAACCACGAAUGUUUGAAUUACUUUUU